AUGCUUGCCUCUCUCUCCACUCUAGUGCUUGGCGCCACCGCUGUCUCUGCGGCCGUGGUUGCCCGCCACAAGACACAGCAAGCCCCGACGGUGACGGUCAAGAACGGCUCGUACUACGGCGUUAACCUGCCGCAUUACAGCCAGGACCUGUUUCUCGGCCUACCAUAUGCCCAACCGCCGGUGGGUGAGCUGCGAUUCCGCGUGCCACAGUCACUCAACAGCAGCUGGACUGGCAGUAAGAACGCGACAGAAUACGGGCCGCAGUGCAUAGGGUACGGCAGUGAUAAUUGGGUUCUCGGCAACAUCGUGUCGGAGGACUGCCUGACCAUCAACGUGGUCCGGCCUAGUAACGUGCAGGAGGGAGACGAUCUGCCGGUGGCCUUUUGGAUUCAUGGCGGUGGCUACACCGAGGGAGGCGGUCGGGACCCGCGCUAUAACCUCACGUUUAUCGUGCAGCAAUCGGUCAAGGUCGGCUCGCCUAUGGUGGCUGUCAGCAUUAACUACCGCCUGGCCCAGUGGGGCUUUAUGUACAGCCAGCAGCUGGCCGACGAAGGCUCGUCCAACCUCGGUCUGCGCGAUCAGCGCCUGGCAAUGCACUGGGUACAAGACAAUAUCGGUGCCUUUGGUGGAGAUCCAGCCAAGGUGACCAUUUGGGGCGAAAGCGCGGGCGGCAACAGCAUCGGCAACCAGCUGGUGGCCUAUGGGGGCCGUGAUGACGGCCUCUUCCGCGCGGCUAUCUCGCAGUCUGGGGCGCCUACAAGUUUGAUGCGGUACCCGACUCCGGGAUCGUGGAAGGACGCGUACGAGGCGUAUGUUAAUGCAAGCGGAUGUGGCACCGCUGCCGAUUCGCUGGCCUGUUUACGGACAGUUCCCUCAGACAAGCUGUCUGCUUUGUUCAACAGCAGCACUAUUACAGUACCCUCCGAGGGUCCGGUUGUCGACGGCGACUUCCUUACGCAGUCGGGCACUACGGCCUUACGCAACGGCCACUUCGUCAAGGUUCCUUACCUAAUUGGUGCCAACUUCGAUGAAGGCGGCAGUUUUGGCUCCAAAGGCAUCAACACCACCGAUCAGUUUAUCGGCAUGGUCCUCGAUGAAGGGAUCGACAACACUACAGCCCUUACCCUGGCGGCCCUCUACCCUGAUAUCCCUGCCGUCGGCAUUCCGGCCACCCUUCAUGGCCGUCCGCCCGCCAGCGAGCUGGCCACGUAUGGCUCCCAGUGGAAGCGCAGUGCCGCCUACAAAGGCGAUCAUCUUAUGCAUGUCGGCCGUCGCCUGACAAGCGAGCUCUGGACGCAGCAUAAUGGCACCCUCUGGUCGUACCACUUCAACGUGCUUGUUCACGGCCUCAACCCUCUUGUUGGUGCUGCCCAUUUCCAAGACGUCGUCUUCGUCUUCGACAAUACCCAGGGCCUUGGCUACGAGAAUGCCGUGUCGGUCAACCCCUUCAAGGAUGAGCCGGCCACCUUUGUCCGCCUGGCCCAGACCAUGUCGCGCACGUGGGUGAGCUUCAUCACGAAGCUCGACCCGAACGCAUUGCAAACUUCUCCCGUGCAUUGGCCCCAGUACUCUUUGGAUAGUCCUCAGAACAUGGUCUUUGAUGUCAAUGCCACUGACGUAGCUUACAUCGAGCCAGAUACCUACAGAGCUGAGGGGAUAGCCUACAUUGGCUCUAUUUUCGACACGGUCUACGGCCGUUAA